AUGGACAAAUAUGAAACUCAGGCCAAGUACAAUGUCGCUGAGACUUGCUGUGCCUCGAUCUCUGUCGCCGACCUCCAGGAUUUAUGCGAGGAUAAAUCCUUGAAUCCAUUGGAUCUCUCCACCAAGCUCACAUACGGUGCAAUUCGGGGUUCGGAGCAACUACGUAGCACGCUAGCUAACCUCUACUCCGUCAGAACUCCUUCUCCUCUGCCCGCAGAUAAUGUCUUGGUCACAUCCGGGGCUAUUCAAGCCAACUUUCUCGCCCUGUAUGCGCUGGUUGGACCCGGGGAUCAUGUCAUAUGUCACUACCCCACAUAUCAACAGCUCUAUUCCGUCCCGGAUUCACUGGGCGCGGAAGUGAGCCUGUGGAAGGCGAAGGAAGAGGAUGGGUGGAAAUUGGAUGUCAAUGAGUUGAAAGAACUCAUCCGACCCAAUACCAAGCUGAUCAUUCUCAAUAACCCGCAAAAUCCCACGGGAGCGAUCAUUCCCCAAGCAAAACUCGAGGAAAUCGUGGACAUGGCGCGCGAAUCGUCUAUCGCCAUUCUUUCCGACGAAGUAUACCGGCCGUUGUUCCACUCAAUUAGCCCGAUGGACCCCGAGUUCCCCUCCUCCCUUUUGUCUCUUGGAUACGAGCAUACGAUCGCGACGGGUUCGAUGUCGAAAGCAUACAGUCUGGCGGGAAUUCGAAUUGGUUGGAUUGCCUCAAGGGAUGGUUCGGUGAUUGAGAAGAUCGCUGCGGCACGAGAUUACACAACUAUCUCGGUCAGUCAGUUGGAUGAUGCCAUCGCCAGUUACGCGCUGGCACCGACGUGCAUUCACCCGCUCUUGGGACGGAACAUCGCUUUAGCAAAGAAGAACGUGGAGAUACUGGAGAAGUUUAUAGAGGCGCAUCGGUGGGCAUGUUCCUGGGUGAAGCCCCGUGCGGGCACGACAGCAUUUGUCCGGUUUAGCAAGAUGGGAAAGCCGGUCGAUGAUGUUGUGUUCUGCCAGUCGGUGUUGGAAAAGACAGGGGUAAUGUUGGUGCCUGGAAGUCUGUGCUUUGGAGAGGGAGAAGAAUUUCGAGGCUACGUUCGCGUUGGGUUUGUCCAGGAGACAGAAGUCUUGGAGAAGGCCUUGGAGGCGCUGGGGUCAUUCCUGGAGGACGAGUACGACGAGGUGCCCGUGGUAAAGAAGAAGAAAUAG